AUGUACAGCACACGCUACAACCCCGAAAAAGACAUGCCGGACCUCUCAGGCAAAGUCAUAGUCGUGACCGGCGGCAACAGUGGACUCGGCAAAGAGAGCAUCCAUCAACUUGUCAAACACAACCCCUCCAAAGUGUAUCUCGGCGCCCGAUCAAGUCAACGAGGCAAUGCUGCGAUCGAAGAGAUAACAUCAGCCGUGCCCUCCGCCAAAGGCAAAAUCCACUUUCUCGAAAUCGACAUGGCAUCCCUCGCAUCCGUCAAGCGCGCUGCCGAGCGCAUUAUCAAGGAAAACGACCGUCUGGAUGUUCUCAUGAAUAAUGCUGGUCUAGCAGAGGCACCUUCAGGCUUAUCCACCGAUGGCUACGAAAUCCAAUUCGGAACCAAUUACAUGGGACCCACUCUCUUCACCAAGCUCUUGCUUCCUCUCUUGCAACAGACAGCCGCAACCCCCAACAGCGACGUCCGCAUCAUAAACCUCAGCUCCGAACUCUUCAAAAUGGCGCCUACCCAAGGCAUCGUCUUCACCGACCUUGGUACUCCAAUGCGCAAAAUCAACUCGGUGGCCCGAUAUGGUCAAUCAAAACUUGCCAACUAUUUCUUCAGCAAGAUCUGUGCGGCAAAGUAUUCGAACAUAACAUCAGUGGCGCUUCACCCUGGUGUGGUCAACACUAGUAUCUGGGAAAACAUGUACAAGAGACCGUAUGUCGGAUGGUUGUUGAGCGCGGUGAUGACGCCGUUGCUCACCAACGUGCAUGAUGGUGCAAAGCUGCAGUUGUGGUCGGCCACGGCUAGCGAGAAAGAGGUCAAGAACGGAGCAUUCUAUACGCCAAGGGGGAAGGAGUAUACUCAGGCGAUACUCAAGAAUGAUAAAUUGGCAAAUGAACUGUGGGAGUGGACAGAGAAGGAGUUUGCAAAGCAGGGAUACUAA